AUUAUAUUAUUAUUUAUGAAUGUCUUCAAUGGUUUGAUUUCAUUGCAGAAGAAGCAAAAUAACUAGAUAUAAUGGCUCCACUGAUGAAUCUGGUAAGGCUGAGAGGGUUUCCAAUUUUGCAGCAAUUGCAUUUAGAGGAACGCAUGCUGAGAACCAGCUCAUCUAAUUGGUGCAUUAUUAAUGAUGGAACCACUUCCCCUACAGUUGUAAUGGGCUUGUCUGGGAAAGUACCAGAACUUGUUGAGGCUAAGUCCGUGUUGCGAGAUCAUAUACCUGUCAUAAGAAGGUUUACUGGGGGAGGAACUGUAAUUGUUGAUCAAGGAACUAUAUUUGUUACUCUGAUAUGCAAUAAAGACGAUGUUUCAGAUGUGCAACCCUUUCCUCGCCCCAUCAUGUCGUGGAGUGGUCAACUUUACGAUCAAGUUUUCAAAGGGCUCGCUGAUUUUCAUCUUCGUGAGAAUGACUAUGUAUUUGGUGAUCGCAAAUUUGGUGGUAAUGCUCAAUCCAUAACCAAACAUCGGUGGGUACACCAUACAUCUUUUUUAUGGGAUUAUGAAGUCAAGAACAUGUCUUAUCUCAAGUUGCCAGCAAAGGCUCCAAAAUAUCGAUUAACUAGAGAUCACACAGAUUUUGUUUGUAGUAUGAAGGAGUAUUUGCCAAGAUCAGAAUUUGUAGAGAGAACUAUCAAGGCAAUAGGAGCCCAGUUUUCUGUGAAAUCCAUUAACUUGGAGUCCACGGAAAUUCCUUCUUCCUCUCAAUUUGUUCAUACCACUAGGCUUCUUACAGAGCAGGAACUUCUUGAUGCUUGCACAAUUCAAACUUGAAAAUGAAGUUACAAAUUGCUAGUAUGGAUCUUGCUUUUCCCAAGUUGAGUGAUGAUGAAAUUUGAGUGUUACUUUCUGAUAUUGUUGUCUAUUUAUUUCCAUUUUUUCUUUUGUCCUAGAUUUUAUUAUUAUUAUUCUGCAAAAUUCUAUCCAUGUUCUGUUUCUUGUUGAAAUAUUGAUAUACAUUUCUUGCUUUCCUUUAUUCUACAACUUUGAUUUGGUAGUGUUGAUGUUCAUAAUGGACAUACAAAAACCAUAGUUGAUAUACACAAGAUGAAUUCCAGUGAGAAAGAAAAGAAACGAGGUGCUUAUCUCAUAUCUUGCUACAUAAUUUAAAUAUAAUGGAUUUUCCAAAUUCUCUUGUAUGCUGCAGCAUUUUACAAGGUUGAAGUCUUCAACAAUUUACAAUUUUUACAUGAUGUACUUUCCUUUUCAGCAGGGAUUUUAUGACUGUAGUAUAUAUAGGUGAUGCUUUUGUUGCUUUUUGGUUUUGUAUCUUUUCUGAUAAAUAAUAAUCCUUCCCUAAUUUCAUCCCCAGUUUUUGCUUGUGUCAAUAUCCAACAUAUGUUAACAUUUCAUAGCCUUGCAUGCUUCUUGAGAUUUUUGCCAGCAUCUUUUACAUUUUCUGGGACAGGCAUGUUGCAUAGUAGGGUCACCCUAGAUGAUGAUAUCAUGGUUCUCUUUUCUGAAUUGGAUUGAUCAAUCUUCCAGAUUCUCACCUCCCAUACCUGCACCAUAGAAAAACAACUUGUGUCAUAAAACAUGUUUUCUAAGGUCAUUUUUAGUCACACCACAAUUUUAUAUGUUAAGAGUUUUCCUAAACAUUCUUUUAAUGUCUCUAAAAAUUUCAUUCCAUAUGGAAACAACUAAAUCUAAGUUAUUCGGCUAAAUUUGAUGAUGAAAAUGGUUGACAUAGCUGAUAAGAAAUAAACUUUGACUAUUAUAUAAUAAACUAAAUUCAAUUGAAUGUGAUAUGCAACAUGAUCACUUAAGUUUUCUCCAAAUAAUAAUAAUAAUUAGACUGGACCUAGAAUUCGUACAUCAUGCUGAUCAUUUUCUCCCAAGAGUAGUGGGUUGGUGAACUAAUACAUUUGUAUUAGCAUAGAUAUAAGUUUUUAGCUUAAAAUAUUAACAUGAACAUGAGAAUCUUUGAAUUUUGAUCAACCUUGUAAGAUGCUGCCAUUGCUUAAAUAACUGGUAGAUAACUUUUUGUAACUUCUGUUAUGUUUGGGAGUGCUAUUUAAAAAUACGAGAGAUAUUUCUCUCUCUGUUUUUCCUUUUUCUUUUUAGUUUUUACCCCCUCAGCUAAGAGUCUUUUUAACAGGUGCAGUAUGUAGAAUAUUCUUUGGUCUUUGCUCUCUUAAAGUU